AUGCAGGGACGAUCUGGUGUGGGGGCCCGCGCCGCGUGCAGGCGCCUAGGUUCCACUAUGUGCUGUAGGCAGUCUCGCACUGGCAGUCGCACUGGCAGCCUUCGCAUUCGCGCUGUUCAUUUACAGCUUUCCUGGCCUCUUAACAUGAAUCUCCGCCAGCAAUUGACCCAGUUUCUCACCAUGGCAUUUGUCUUUUCCUCGUCGUUCAUGGCGUGGAAAACCUUGUCUGUGGUGACCAAUUCUCACUCGCCCGUGGUGGUGGUUUUAUCUGGUUCGAUGGAACCGGCUUUUCAACGUGGAGAUAUUCUUUUCUUAUGGAAUCGACAGCGUCAGAAUAAAGUGGGCGAUGUAGUGGUGUACGAAAUCAAGGGUAAAGACAUUCCUAUAGUCCAUAGGGUGUUGAGGGAACAUCAUAAUCUGGAAAAACAGUACUUGUUGACUAAAGGUGAUAACAAUCUUGUUGAUGAUUUGGGGUUGUAUGCCAAAAAACAAGGAUAUUUGAACCAGGCAACCGACUUGGUGGGCACAGUAAAGGCGUAUUUGCCAAAGGUGGGGUACGUGACCAUUUUGAUCAGUGAAAACAUGUAUGCUCGGUACGCGCUUUUGGGGAUAAUGUGUAUCAGUAGUUUAUUGACUGGGGAGUAG